AAACCAAAAAUAUUGGAAAAAACCGAAAAAUAAAAAAUAAAAAUCCAAUUUUCGAAAUUAUAAAUAAUCAUUCAACACAAUCGUUUCCAUUCACGUUUUUUCCCCCUAUCCCCCUCCCAAAAAUCAUCCCCAGUAAUUUUAAUGUGCGCAGAAUGUUCUCCAUUUAUUUGGGACCCACUCGGUAAGGCUCACACCUUGACGCGAAGCUACACCAAUUUUCGAGAUUUUUUUAAAUUCAUCAUGAUAAUGACUUCGCACUUCCCCCACUCCUCCGCACCCCACCUAUUACCUAAUACUAACUUGCGUAUCUCACCGCCACGUGGAGUGAGGCGCGCGCAUCGCCCCACAGUCGAAAAAAAAAAUAAAAAUAAGAUAAAAAGAGCGAGUAAACGACGACGAAACACGCGCCCAGUGUUUUCAGUGCGGCUUUGGAAGUCGGAUUGAUUUUAUCGCGUUAUUAACCAAUACACAGCCAUUCACGCAACAAAUUCGCGUGUCUUCACGGUGAGAUGUGAAACCUAACCUCACAACGAGGACAAUGAUUUUUUUAUUAUACGAAAAAUCACGUUUUUUGCGACUGCGGGGAAAAACGCUUUGGACUUAGAGAGUCGUUUCGAGGGCAUGCGGGGGAUCCCGGACGCAUAAAGGGACCCGGGGACGGCAUCCGGAUGUGUGUCAAGGUCUCAUGGGGACGGAGGCAUUGGACAGUGACAGUUGGAAAUUGAAAAAAAAUUUUUUUUUUUUAUUUUUGGGGCUCCGAGGACCGGAAAAAUUUGCGGCCGAGGGGCGGAGGGGGUAAAAAAUUAUCCCCCACGAGCCUAUGAUGUCAGAAUUUCCCGCUGAUACGGAGAACGGGGAUAUGCAGGCCGUUAUGGAGAAUUUUCAGAAGAAAAAUAAUUUGGUCAGUGGGAGGUCGCAUCACCUUCCGCAAGUCACCAGUUCUUCACAGUUGCUGAAUCAGAGUCAGAGUAGCAGUAGCACAAGCAGUACAACAACAAGCAGUAGAGUGGCUAAAUCCUCCCAGAGGAUUUUAACAUCAUCAUCUUCGAGUGAAAUGAAAGCAAGCUCCAUGAAGAGUGAUCUCACUGAACUCAAGAGAGGAAUUUCGGAAAUGAAAAAUAUUUCUACUAAGUUUUCAAGGCUGAGGAAUAGUAUGGAGAAUCUUGUGGACAGAGAAGGCAGUGUCACCGAGGAGGAUGACUUGCCGGAGCCCCUGGUGACAUUUCCAGACCCGGACACACCCCCACCAGUCUCCGGGCCAGGAACCCUGACAGUCGGCUCACCCACACAACUCGGGACAUUGAAUCCCCUGAACAAUCUCCACAGCAUAACACCGACGAUAAACAUGUCAACAAUCGGUCUGACCGGUGGCCAGGAGACCAUGAAAUUCGAACAGAAGAAGAUGACGAGUGCAUCCAAGACCAAGGUUGUAACUGAUGGAUUUAGUGCAGAAAAGGCAACAGCCAACAGUGCAGAGAUGCGUGCACUGCAGGCUGGUGAUGUUUCCUAUAAAGAGGAGAGUGCAGCGACUGCUGCACACGCACGAGUCGAGGUAGAUGGAGUUUCAGCGGAGAAAAGCGUAGCUGCAGCACGAGAGCAGAGGAGUCUAAAAACUGGUGAUUUAUCUCAUCAAGAGAGCAAUAAUGUCGCGGCAACGAGCAUGAAACUACAAAGUGACUCUUUCAGUUCAGAAAAGCUCCCCAAAUUGCAGAAAGCGAUGGCAGCCCAACAGCAGCGUCAAACAGUGACAUCGUCCGGUAUUUACAACCACGAGAAACACAUGGCAUCGUCCUCGCAGUCCUCAGUAACGAUCGCCAAAGGCGUCACCUCAAAAUCCUCGAUGUUAACCGCAGCAAGUGCUGUCAAUCAACUGAUGAACGGCAAGCGUCCACAGGAAGAGGAUCUUCUGAACCUUCCCCUGGACGAUCUUGACCACCUCUGCUCGUCCUCAAAGCAGUCCGACGUGGACCGUGCCCGGGCCAAAUACUCUGGCUUCCUGGACCACUUUGUGGACCGUCUCAAUUCCCUUGAAAACUCCAAAUCCCCGACUGCCCCUCUCCUUCUGAACCGGGUCAACGACAUAAUCCGCAAGGCGUGGGCGGUACCGACCCACGGCCAUGAUCUGGGCUACACGCUCUGCAACACCCUCCGCACACGAGGUCUCCUAGACCUCCUCGUGACAAACUGCAUGGCAACGGACGAAGAACUCCAAUUUUCCUCGGCUCGUCUUCUCGAGCAAUGUCUUACCACCGAAAAUCGCGCUCAUGUUGUUGAUCACGGCCUCGAGAAGGUGGUGAACGGUGCAUGUGUAUGCAUAAAGAACACAAACAGCGUCGAUCAUUCGCGUGUUGGCACUGGUAUCCUUGAGCACCUCUUCAAGCACUCGGAGGUCACCUGCAGCGAUGUCAUUCGCCUCGGGGGACUCGAUUCCGUUCUCUUCGAGUGCCGAAAGAACGACGUUGAAACACUCCGUCAUGUUGCUGGUGCACUGGCCAACCUCUCCCUGUAUGGUGGUGCAGAGAACCAGGAACAGAUGAUAAAGAGGAAGGUGCCGGUCUGGCUGUUCCCUCUGGCAUUCCACAACGACGACAACAUCAAGUACUACGCCUGCCUCGCGAUCUCAGUACUCGUUGCCAACAAAGAGAUUGAGGCAGCGGUUGAGAAGAGUGGAACGUUGAACCUCGUCGAGCCCUUCGUCACCUCUCACAAUCCUUACGAAUUCGCUAAGUCGAAUCUUGCUCAUGCACACGGCCAGUCCAAGAACUGGCUGGAGCGUCUCGUUCCUGUUUUAUCAUCUAAGAGGGAGGAGGCCCGGGCACUUGCAGCAUUUCACUUCUGCAUGGAAGCGGGGAUAAAACAGCAGCAGGGAAACGAGGAGAUCUUCAAGGAGAUCGGGGCAAUUGAACCCCUGAAAAAAGUCGCCAGCUGUCCAAAUGCAGUCGCCUCGAAGUACGCAGCACAAGCGUUGAGGCUCAUCGGUGAAGAAAUUCCGCACAAGUUGAGUCAGCAGGUGCCAUUAUGGAGUACCGAAGACGUGAGGGAGUGGGUGAAGCAAAUUGGCUUCAGCGAGUACGCGGAGAACUUCGUGGACAGUCGGGUUGAUGGGGAUCUACUUCUUCAGCUGACUGAGGAGAACCUCAAGGAGGACAUCGGCCUGACCAAUGGAAUCAGACGGAGAAGAUUCACUCGCGAACUGCAGAACCUGAAACGAAUGGCGGAUUACAGCAGUCGUGAUAAUGGCGAUCUCAAUUCACUUCUCCAGUGCAUUGGCAAUGAAUUCUCUAUUUACACUUAUGGCAUGCUCAAUGCUGGUGUUGACAGGGAUAACAUCAGGGUCAUCAGCGAGGAUCAGCUUCUCAUCGAGUGCGGCAUAACCAACAGUAUUCAUAGGCUUAGGAUUAUGGACGCUAUUAAAAAUAGCCAGCAGAAUCAGCUGAAUUCCUGCGAGGAUCAGAGUCCUGAUAAGAGUUUGGAUGUCUUUGUGAGUUAUCGACGGAGUAAUGGCUCACAACUAGCUAGUUUAUUGAAGGUUCAUCUCCAGUUGAGGGGAUUCUCGGUGUUCAUUGAUGUCGAGAGGCUGGAGGCAGGCAAGUUUGAUAACAACUUGUUGCAGAGUAUUAGACAAGCCAAACACUUCUUACUGGUGCUAACGCCGAAGGCCUUGGAUCGCUGCAGUCGCGAUAACGAGUGCAAGGAUUGGGUACACCGGGAGAUUGUUGCGGCGCUGCAGUCGCAAUGCAACAUCAUUCCGAUAAUCGAUAAUUUCCAAUGGCCCGAACCCGAGGAGCUUCCCGAGGACAUGAGACAGGUCUGUCACUUCAAUGGAGUCCGCUGGAUCCAUGAUUAUCAAGACGCAUGCGUAGACAAAUUGGAAAGGUUUUUGCGAGGUGAGCUUCCAGCAGGUGCAUCCCUACCUGGUGUCCCUAGGGGAAUGGUAUCCAAGGAGGUGACAGCUCCAAGCACACCAGGGAGUACCACCAUGAGACAUCCACCUAGUUACCAGAGAAUGCACAGCAAUGAGAGCCGUGGAAGUGACAAAGACUCCUCGGGUGGACGAGAUUGACUAGAAGGCCCCCCCACAGCUAUUCCAAAUCGACUGAGAAAGACUUCGAGUCCUAGCUGGUUGAUGAGCAUUCCGCCAACAUCACCCCGUCUAAAAUUUAUUCACACGCAUCCUGGGAGGGAUCCAAUUCCCCAACGGCCACCUAGGCAUCCCCCAACACCCGCAAAUCGAU